AUGGAUUCUCUGUGGGAAAGCCUGAGUGUGUUAUCUCAUAAGUUAGGGCUCGAGAGUAUGGAUGACGUGCAGGCUGCCUCUGUCAAUGCACUGUCCGCGAUGAAGUUUCGCAAAAUAUUCUCGCGGGCGAUCUAUGACGAUCUACUAGAAAAGAUCGAUAGAGCAAACCAGACACUGAAAACCCUCAGCGAGCAGUCAUAUCAGCGGGAAGGGUCCCGGCGAGACACUAGGGAAUGGAGGCGACGCAUGAACGCACAAAUGGUCAACAGACGGUACGGAAGGGAGCUCUACGACAUACUGAUCCAGGGUCGGUGCUGGAAGUGUCCCUGCCAAUUGGAACACGCCGUUUGCCUCCAGCUCGAUACCAGCACCGUUCGUAUCGGCGGGCACGACCGUGCAGCGGCCAAGGCAAAGUUCUUGAUGCUUCUGGCCUCUGGGAAGAAGCCUCCACCACACGAUUCAACGAGCUGGUGGCAUGAGGUCGAGAUUGAGCCCGACACAGAUUUUUUGGGAUGCCAAGUAUCCAACUCAGCCGCUACUAUAUUACCAGAUGGAAGUCGAUUGCCAAGUAGUCGACACAGGGUUCACUUUGAGCCAACAGAACCACCUAAUGCUGCCUGUGAGAUGCAAGCCUCAACCGAAAGUACCCAGGCCAUUGCAGACAUGUGCACUGCUCUGCGAGACGUGGAUGUCAGCCGUCCUCACAAAGCAAAGGAGUGCAUUGGAUACGUGGCUCAAAGUACUGACGCCGAUCCGCGUUACAACGUUUCCAUUCUUCGCCACUUGGACCAAGUCCAGUUUCAGUCAUUACAAGACAUUCUUGCGGGAUCUUCUUUUCCUCAGAAGACCGGUUGUCAGAGAUUGAAACCCCUAAGUCGCCGCGAUCGGCUGUGCCUUGCGGUCAUCCUAGCUUGCAGCAUCUUCCAAUUCCAUGGGACAUGGCUAAGGGAAGCUUGGAGCACAUCUGACAUCUUGUUCGCUCGGGGCAGCGCAGUAGAAGAUUUGAGUAUUGAUAAGCCGUACCUCUUCUGCAAGGUUGAUCCGGCUGACUGCAAAGAUGAGUCCUUCGUUAUGCCAGGUCCGGACGCCAUGCAGAACCACAUUCUCUUCCCAUUGGGGGUGACUCUUAUUGAGCUAUCCCUGGGAGAAUGCAUGGCCUUGUCGGGUAGCCCGGAUAUAGGUGACUCUAAGUGCCACCUUUCCCAUUUCCACGAAACAGCUGAUCUCCUUCGCCGGGUGUACUGGGAGAGCGGGUGCAAUUAUGCCGACGUUGUUAAGGAGUGUUUGUUCCCAAAGAAAGCAGUGGGGCUCCAAUUUGGAGAUUCAGUCUUUGAAGAGAGGGUGUUUGAGUCUGUCGUUUCCCCAUUGCUAAGGGAUUGGGCAUAUUUUGAGGGCCCUGCGUAUGUAAAGUAA